CGAUAUGGUUGAUAGGUGUGGCUGAGAACUAUGCAGUUGACGGCUCGGCAGGCCCCGUAUCACGUGAUCUAAGAUAUCGCCCGAAAUCCGUCGGCCGAGUUGCACAUGAGAUGCCCCAGCUGGAACCGAUAUAGAGCAACCUUUAAAAUGCAAUAGAAAGGCAAACAGAACUUGCUGUCAGAACCCUACCAGCAUGCCUGCACCCGCCAUUGGCCCACGCACUCUCUACGACAAAGUCUGGGACGACCAUGUCGUCCAAGAGAUGGAAGAUGGUCUUGCCCUCAUCUACAUUGAUCGCCAUCUUGUCCAUGAAGUUACGAGCCCACAGGCCUUCGAAGGACUAAGGAACGCUGGAAGGCGAGUCCGUCGCCCAGACUGUACUUUGGCGACCGUAGAUCACAACAUCCCCACUGUACCACGCAAGAACUUCAAAUCUGUUGGUACCUUCGUCACAGAACCAGAAUCACGUGCCCAGUGCCUCGCAAUUGAAGAGAAUGUGAAAGAAUUCGGACUAACCUACUUUGGUCUGAGCGAUCGCCGUCAAGGGAUCGUACACGUCAUUGGCCCCGAGCAAGGCUUCACGCUGCCUGGCAUCACUUGCGUUUGCGGUGACUCUCACACAUCAACUCACGGUGCUUUUGGUUCGCUUGCCUUUGGGAUCGGAACGUCGGAGGUGGAACAUGUCCUUGCAACCCAGACCUUGCUACAACGGAAAGGAAAGAACAUGCGCAUUACUGUCGAUGGUCAGUUGGCCGAGGGGGUAACAUCAAAGGAUGUGAUCUUACACAUCAUCGGGCUCAUCGGAACUGCGGGUGGCACGGGCCAUGUCAUUGAAUAUGCGGGAUCUGUUUUCCGCAAUUUCAGCAUGGAAGCUCGUAUGAGCGUUUGUAACAUGAGCAUUGAAGCUGGGGCCAGAGCCGGAAUGAUCGCUCCCGACGAGAUGACCUUCGAUUACCUGCGGAAUCGCCCUCUUGUGCCGAAGGGUGAGCUUUGGGAUAGGGCCGAAGCCUAUUGGCGCACUCUCAGGAGCGACGAAGGCGCAAAGUUUGACAUCGAAAUUAACAUCAACGCCGCGGAUAUCCCACCAACUGUUACCUGGGGCACGUCUCCCCAGGACGUUGUUCCGAUCACAGGAUCUGUCCCAGAUCCCACCACUAUGUCUGAUCCAGGCAAACGAGCCGCUGCUGAACGGGCGCUGGCAUACAUGGGCUUGCAGCCCAACACCCCUAUGGAGGAUAUUAUCGUGAACAAGGUCUUCAUUGGUUCCUGCACGAAUAGUCGCAUCGAAGAUCUCCGGUCCGCCGCACACGUCAUUCUAACUGCUGGUCCUGAUGCCAAGGUCGCCCCCAACGUUCAAGCGAUGGUAGUUCCUGGGUCGGGCCUUGUCAAACAGCAUGCUGAGGCGGAAGGCAUCGACGUUGCUUUCAAGCGCGCAGGAUUUGAUUGGCGGGAGGCUGGUUGCUCCAUGUGCCUUGGUAUGAAUCCGGAUCAACUCGCUCCUGGCGAGCGCUGUGCUAGUACAAGCAAUCGAAACUUUGAAGGUCGACAAGGUGCUGGAGGGCGCACGCACCUCGUAAGCCCAGCUAUGGCUGCUGCUGCUGCCCUGACAGGCAAACUCUGCGACGUUCGUAAGAUUCUGGGAAAGGAAAACAAGACGGAGGUCCCCAAUGUCAAACUCACCAGCGUCUUCGAGUUCUUAACCGACCCUGUCCUCCCCCCUCCCCAACCUCAGGGUCGUGCUGAUGCAAGUGCAUCUGGCACCCAUCCUGAAGUGACUACUUCCUCUGGUGUUCCGAAGUUCGUCGUCCUGAAAGGCGUCGCUGCACCUUUACAUUUGUCCAACGUUGACACCGAUAUGAUUAUACCCAAGCAAUUCCUGAAGACAUUGAAGCGCACCGGUCUAUCAAAUGCCUUAUUUUUUGCCCUUCGCUUCGACCCAAAAACGGGUGGGAAGACCGACUUUGUGCUGAACCGCAGUCCAUACGAUCGGGCCAAAAUUCUCGUCUCCGAUGGCCCCAACUUUGGUUGCGGCAGUUCGCGUGAGCACGCGGCUUGGAGUCUGAAUGAUUUCGGCAUCCGCUGUGUCAUUGCACCGAGUUUUGGUGAAAUCUUCCGUAGCAACGCAAUGCAGAACGGUAUGCUACCGUUGCCAUUGCCCGAGGAUGUAUGCAAAGACUUGGCGGCGGAUGCGGAGGCGGGAGUGGAGCUCGAGGUUGACCUAGAAAAGGAAGAAAUCCGAAGGCUUAAUGGCAAGGAAGCCAUUCAUUUCUCCAUCGACCCGUUCAGGCGACACCGCUUGUUGAAUGGUCUUGAUGAUAUUGCCAUGACGUUGCAGAAAGGGGAAGCUAUCUCCAGGUUUGAGCAAGGUCGGACUGCUGUUUGGCCAUGGUUAGAUGGUUUUGGUUACCAAGGCGGGAAAGUUCCUGUCAUCUCGGCCAAGACUGAGAAGAAAACGGAAUGGUGAAGUUGGUUCGACGUGCAAGGGCGGAUGUUGUAGGUUACGAGUUACACAGCUACGUACAGAGGUGUAUUGUGGACAGUCAAACGUUUUGGACGCUACAUACUUUUCCGAGU